CCAAUCUCUCUCACCUCUGGCGAAGGUUUCUUCAUGAGGUUUCGCGGUUAUCCGAUGCUCUAUGGACCAUGGAGACCACAGAGGAGCCCCAGAUGAACGGCCCUGAUCCGCCCGAGCCCGAUCAUGGCCUCCUUGCCGAGCUCGAGUCCCUCCGCCUGGAGCACCAGAACCUCCAGUCACAGUCGGCGGAGAUGGAGGACACCCUAGCCCUCGCCCGGCGCCAGAGAGACGAUUGCGUCAGCGAAAUCACCAACCUGUCCAACAUCAUCGAGGACCUCUGCAGCGAAAGGGACCAGCUUUCAUCGAGGGUUGGCGAGCUCGAGAAGUCGCUCAGCGAGAAGGAGGAUGACUGCGCGAGGAAGUUCGAGGAGGAGAUGAGGGAGAGAGAGGGUCUGAGGGUCGAGAUCGAAGUCUACAGGGGGAAGUUCGAAUCUUUGGAGAGGGAGACGGAAGAGAGGAGCGGGUUUCUGUCGAGAAGCCUGGACUUGAUUCGGGGGGCGAAGGAGGGACUUAUUAGGGUUCUUGAGGUCGUCGAUGAUGAUAAGAUUGCCGAGAGAUCACUGGGCGAUGCAAAUAUCGGAAAUGGAGAGCUGGGAAUCGAUGAGGAAUUGGCUCCUAUGUGGGAGGAGAUAAAGGAGGUGAGGAAGCUCGUUGAUUUGGCGGAAGUGAAAAUGAGCGAUUACAAGGAGCUGAGGAAGAAGGAGAAGAAGCAGCUGGAGAGCAGCGUGGUGAGCCUGACGGAGGAAAAUCGGGACAUCAGUAGCUUGCUGAGAGUAGCGCUGAUCGAGAAGGAGGCCUUGGAGAAGAGCUUGAAUAAGUUGAAGGGUAACACUGAGCAGAAAAGGGUCCCCUUGUUGCAUUUUGCUGAGCGAGGGCUGCAGAGGGUCGGCUUCGGGUUUAUGAUGGGGAGUGGCGGGACUAUGGAGCAACCAAUGGUUGAGGGCUCGGGGGCAUCCAGCACGGGAAGUAAGUCAGACGGCAGUGAGUGUGAGGAGGACGUUGUUAGUCUGGCUUCUACCGUGGAGAAGAUAAUGAAGAACUUGAGGCUCGAGAUCUCUCAGUUGAGGAGUUCUUUGGACGAAGCUAGGUCAGAUAAUGAGCGCCUACAGAGCCUUACAACGAAACAAGCUCAGGAAAUCACUGAGAACGCCCUGUACAUUAGAGAACUGGAAGAAAGGGAGAGGCUAUUAGCUCAAAAUAUCGAAGACCUCCUAACUGAGAUCAAAGAGACGGAAUCGGAGGUUGCCAGAUGGAGAGAAGCUUGCGAGUUGGAAGUUGAAGCUGGGAAACAUGAAGUCGAAGAGCGCGAUAAAGUGGUCACCAUCCUACAACAAGAGCUCGAGAAGACAAGGACAGCGUUGGAGAUCUCCAAUGGAAAGCUGAAGCUGAAGGAGGACCUUGCGGCCGCUGCAAUGGCUGCCCAAGCAGCAGCUGAGAAGUCUCUCCAGCUAGCCGACAGUAGAGCUGCAGGGCUGCGGGAGCGGAUCGAGGAGCUAACAAGACAGCUUGAAGAGGCGGAUAGUCGGGAGAGGAGCGGACGGAGUAGGAUUAGGCACAUCUGUUGGCCCUGGAGGCCCUUCAAAGUGAACCCUGCGAAUCACGCUGCCACUCGGUUUCCUAAUGUAAGGAGGAUGCUGCCAGAAAUGCAAUCUCUGCUUCCCUACAAUGUCUAAUUUAUGGUCGAGAAACCACAAUCAUCUUCUCUCUUUGUUCUUGCUUACAAUAUUUGUCUAGUCUGCAAUUCCUUUUGGUUGUAUGGUUAGUUACGAGGUAUAUAGGAGUGUUUUGUGCUUGUGGAUAGCAUGUCACUUGACCAUAUUUUCACGAUUUCGUUUAUUCAUUUUUCAUAGCGAUUCUUUGA